GCAAAAUUAAAUAAAUCAUUUCUCUUUUGUUUCCAAUAUAUAAACAAUGCCCUUACUUUUUAAAAAUUUCCUCUCAUACAUCCAUCUCCUUCGUCUCACAAUUCUCUGACACACAUCUCAAAGUCAGCGCCACCCUUUCUUCUCUUUUAUUAUUAUAAUUAAUCGAUUUUUUAUGACGAGUAACUUCAACAUGGAGCACUGGGAUUGGCAAGCGGUAACUGGUGAAACUUGCAGCAACAAUGAUGCUUUUUUCUCUUAUAUGGAAAACCCAGAAUUCAGUUUUGGUCCUUUGAGUUUUCAACAUGGAGAUGAAGAUCAUCUCAUGAGUUUCCCAAAAGUUUUUGAACCAAACCCUAAUGUUUUAGAUGAGUUAAUGGAGGAACUUUACAAGCCUUUCUGUCCUGAGUUGAACCCAUAUACAAUACCAGUUCUUGAAGAUCACGCGGAGGAACCAGAGUGCCAAAAACAGCAGCCACUUGUUGUUUCUGGUACAAACAAGGAUUCGACUAAGCCUAAAAGAUCCAGGAAGAAACAGCAACAUAGAGUGGUGAAGCAUGUAACAGGUGAUGCUGGUCUUCAAUCGGAUAUAUGGUCAUGGCGAAAAUAUGGGCAGAAACCCAUCAAAGGAUCACCAUAUCCAAGGAGCUAUUACAGGUGCAGUAGCUCAAAAGGAUGUUUAGCAAGGAAGCAAGUAGAGCGUAGCUGCUCGGAUCCUCGAGUCUUUAUUAUAACCUACACAGCCGAGCACAACCAUGGCCACCCGACUCGACGGACCUCGCUUGCGGGAAGCACUCGCAACAAAUCAUUGACAGUGGCUAAGCCUAAAAACCUUGCCUAUAAAAAUGAACCCCAUGAGGUUGCAGAAUCAACGGUUCUUUCUCCGGCGGUCAUUAAAGAUGAGUCGGUGAAACAAGAGAGCAUAACAAUGGAGGGGGGAAAGAUUCUAACGCCGGACGUAAUGUUGAGCGACGAAUUAGUUGAAAGCUUUGAGGGUUUUGGGGAUUUAUUUGUAGACCAGUUUCCAGAUUUGUCUCACGAAUUAUGGUCCAUGAACGAAUCUGCAACCUUAACUGGUGGUUUGCUGAAUUAGUUUUAGAGCAGGCAUAAUAAGCCAGCCAUGUAAUAACAACCAAAUUGCACACUUGUACCAGCUGAAGAGUGUCUCUUUUGCAGUUUCAGUUUCUGUAAUUCAUUUGUUACAAGGAGUUGAAUAUAUCAUAAUUUUUUUUCUAA